CGGAUUUUUCUCUGCAACGCGAGGGCUGCGACAGGGGGACCCUCUCUCCCCUCUGUUGUUUGUUCUAUGUAUGGAAGGCUUUGCAACGCUAUUGCGGUGGGCAAUUGGGAAUAGGCAAUUGCAAGGGGUGCGGGUGAUCCCGAGGGAGCCCAGUCUCACACAUGUUCUUUUCUGAUGAUUCCUAUUUGUUCGUUAAAGCAUCGAUGCAAGAGUGUGCAAACCUCAAGAAUGUGCUUCAUGAGUACGAAAAGUUGAGUGGGCAACGUGUGAACUUGGAUAAAUCAGCGGUCUGUUGCAGUGCGAAUCUCCUAGCGCUUGAAGUGCAAGCAAUGGUGGGGCUUUUAGGGGUUGAAGCGGUGGGUAUCUAGGAUAAGUACUUAGGUCUCCCGUCCUUGGUGGCUCGAUCAAAGGCAUAGACAUUCUGAUUCGUGGAAGAAAAACUUUUGCAAAGAAUCCAGGGAUGGAAACAAAAGCACUUAUCGAAGGCUUCCAAAGAGACAAUGAUUAAGGCAGUGGCGGCGACUCUUCCUGUUCAUGCUAUGGCAUGCUUUAAGAUCCCUACCACCUCCUUUCGUCGGUUGGAUAAACAUUUAGCUUUCUUUUGGUGUGGUUUUUUGAAUGGAAGGCCUAGGAGUUAGUGGAUGUCCUGGAAGCGGCUUUGCAGGAGUAAGCAUGAAGGUGGGCUGGGGUUCCGACGUUUUGAGCUCUUUUAUCAGGCUUUACUGGCAAAGAUUGUGCGGGGUGUUCAUACGGAGCCGGAUUCGCUCCUAUCCCAGAUAUAUAAGGGUAAGUACUUCCCCCGUGGGUCAAUUUUCUCGGUUCGGCCAGAUCCCGACCUUCGUGGGGAUGGCAGGGUGUUCUUUAUGGAUGUCAGCUGCUUAGGCAAGGCAUGGCGGCUCAGAUAGGCUCGGGAUCAUUCAUACCAAUUGUAUCGGAAGGGUGGAUCCCAUCUAUCUACCUGUGGUAUCCGGUAGUGCGGCCAGAGGCUACUUGGGCGGAAUCGGGACUGGUCGCCGCGUUGAUUGAUCAAGAUAGGGGUGAAUGGUGCAAGGAGUGCCUAGAUGCGGCAUUCUAACCUGAGACGGUGAGGGCCAUUCUUGAAAUUCCUUUUCCACACAUUGCUAUCCCUGAUAAGCUGGUUUGGAGGGAAGACCCAUCUGGGGUGUAUACGGUCAAAUCCGGGUAUAGGCUGGUUGAGCGAAAGUCUCGUUUUGUGGGAAAGUGGAAGCAGGAAUAUAGCUCCAUGGAUCGAAGCCUUUGGAUUAAGGUAUGGGACUUCAAUAUUCAACCCACGCUAAAGUUUUUGUCUGGGAACUGUUUCAGAGACUUUUGUCGAUGAUGGAGGUGCUUUCUGACAAAAAGGUCCCUGUUUUGCUCCGAUGCCCAGUGUGCUAGGUGAAGGAGGAGAGCACGGAACACUUGUUUUUGCAUUGUCCUGUGGCGAAAGCUCUGUGGGAGGAGGCAGGAUUGGCCAUGGAACUGCAAACGUUGCCGACUGCGUGUUUCAAUAUUUUUGUUCGGAGAUUUAUGGAGCGGGACUCCUCUCAUCCUAGGGUUGUGCGUCCUUUUUGCCUGCUUUGGAGGAUCUGGAAGGCUAGAAAUGAGGUGACCUUAGAGGGCAAGCAGACUUUACAUGGUUUGCUUAGACUCCAGUUUCAGUUUCAGGAGUGGUUUCAGGUUCCGGUAGGUAGGGACGAUGUCCCUUAGAUGGGAAUGCCGACGGAGAUGGCUGGGGUAGUCGAGGCGGAUGAGGGUGGUGUGCUCUUUUGAUGGGGCGGUUUUCUCGAGAUCACAUGCAUCGAUGGGGUUGGUGUUGAAGGACUUGACGAAUUCCGUGGUGGAGGCUCGGGGGUGGUGGUAUAAUGGGCUUCAGAAUCCAUUGCUAGUUGAGGCGGUGGCGCUGCAAGAUGCAAUCAGAUGGUGUCAAGAAAAGGGUCUUUCUAUAGUCCAGAUUGAAGGGGAUGCGAAGAUCGUUAUUGACAAAGUGAAUGCUGGUGCGGUUUGUGAUGCUGUGGGAGGAUCCUUGCUAGAGUAAAUUCGCCAGUUGUUGCUGCUUGUGCCGGGUUUUCGAAUUUGUUUUGUUGGUAGGCUGAACAAUAGGGUGGCUAGAAAAGCCCUGCUAUUGUUUCCAACGAGUUGUACGAGCUUCGAUUUUAGAGCUUGGCUCUGGACGGAGGUUGAAACAAUGUAACUUGGUGUUCUUGCUAAUAUAAGUGAGCUUUUUGU